UAGUGUUCAAGCCUGUCCCAUUUAUACAUCAUAUCCUUAACAACUAAAACCAUUUUUCCCCUAGAAAACCAUCAACCAUAAGCCUACCGUUUCUGCUUCCAAAAAACUUGGUGCUAUUCUACAGUUCUACCUAGUGGCGUCUAUAUAUACCCGAUUCUUAUCUUGUGCUGCUUCAUCAAACAAAUCUUACAAACAUUUUCAAUAGUUAAAAAGUUUCAAUUUCAAGAUACAAUGAGUUCGACAUCGAGAGCAUGGUUAGUGGCCGGUACCGUUGGAUUGGUGGAGGCACUAAAAGAUCAAGGGUUUGCACGGUGGAACUACACCAUCAGAGCCAUCCACCACCACGCUAAGUCUAAUCUCCGUUCAGUCACCCAAACAAAGAAGUUGUCUUCGCCGGCUGCCUUGGCUUCAAGCAAAGGCAUUGACCAAUCAGAAGAGUCUUUGAGAAAAGUUAUGUACUUGAGUUGUUGGGGUCCCAAUUGAAUUAAAUAUAUAUAUCUACUUUAAAGAAAUCAACCUGGAGAUGUAAUUUAUAGCUUGAAAUCAACAAGCUCCAUAUGCUCAGUGGGUUUCUGGUCAGAGUUGAUGUUGUCGUCAACGAUUUUCCCGGUUGUAUAUGGAUUUCAAUAUUAUGUACGUACUCAAAGGAGUCAAAAAUAUGAUGAAUUGUAUGUAUGCAUGAUUAUUGAUUCAAAUGAAAUGAAGUUGCCAUCUUUUUUUCUCG